AUAGCAGUUUACUUGUCGAGUUGAAAGUGAACAGAUCAAAUAAGAAAUAUAUUAAGACCCAAGAAAAUUCAUAUUUAUUUACUCUAGGCAUGAAUCACAUAAUGCAAAAACGUUUACUAACUCUGGAGGAGGAAUCUCGGCAUAUAAAUCCGACAAAACGAUGUGGUGGCGUUAGUUGUAUUUCACGGAAGCGAUCGAUUCCUUGGGAGGAGAACACACCUGAGAAUUUUUCCGCAAAACGAGCACGAAAGCAGAUCCCAGAAAGGAAGUUAAAAAUUAAUACGGAGCCUGCGGUUCCAAAUGAUAUUUUGAUAGGUUUGCCAGUAUUGCUUGACACUGACCCCAGUGAUUGGGAGGAAGGUUCUCCAAAAUCAGAGCUUCAGGCGGCCAAAUCCAAAACUGAAGAUAGCAGAAAUCUGUUUACCUAUCAGCAAUUAAAACUUAUUUGCUGUGAGAUGAUGAAUCAAUGCGAGAAGCGAGUAGUGCAGGAAUAUGAAGUAGCAUUGACUCAAAAAAUGGCAGAGCAGUAUGAUACAUUCAUCAAGUUCAACCACGACCAAUUGCAGCGAGAAUGUGAACAUAAGGCCAGUUAUUUGUUAUAGUAAAGACUAUAUUUUUAUUAUUUUUUUCGAAAAUUGUUUAUAUUAGUUAUCAAAGAAUGAAUCUUUAAAGCAAUAAAUUGAAUUUAUAUUGUAUUUGUUCUAA